AUGACUGCUGUAUCUCAUCCCUCAUCUCAAGCCAACUUUGUGACACCGGCGGACACACCAUCGGCCGUACACAACAGCGACACAGUAGCAACAAAGCUUGGAGACAUUCGCAUACAAGCCAAUGAAGUUGCGGACACAAAUAUACUGCCUAACGUUAACGGCAGUGUGCCCAAUGGCACGGAUACACCUCCCAGCCAGCAGACUGAGGAGCUAAAACCUGACCCAAAGUCGCGACUAGAGACUGUAGCGUCGUAUCCAGUUUCAGACUUGAAGCUUGAAGAUCGUUUGAUUGACGACUUUCGGCCCCUUCGCGUUGCCGUAAUUGGUGCCGGGUUGUCGGGAAUCCUCUCUGGGAUCCUACUACCUGAGAAAGUGCCCAACGUGAAGCUGACGAUUUUCGAAAAGAGCAAAGAAGUGGGCGGAACUUGGCUUGAAAACAUCUACCCUGGCGUGCGCUGUGACAUUCCUUCGCACGUCUAUCAGACUACCUUCUCUCCGAACUUGGAAUGGUCGCAGCAAUUCGCUGAAGGGGCUGAGAUUCUCGAGUACUGGAAGAAUCUGGCCAAAAAGUACGACGUCGCUCGCUUCUUGCGCUUGGACACGUACGUUGAGACGGCGCAAUGGGACGAUACGAGGUCCAUCUGGGCACUCACGCUGCAGGACGUGGACUCAAAGCACACAUCAGUAGAGGACUUUGACUUUGUCAUCACCGCUAUUGGCCGCUUCAACGAGUGGAAGCUGCCCGACUAUCCUGGCAUCAAAGACUACAAGGGUCACCUCCGCCACAGCUCAAAUUGGGACCCAACGUUUGAUCCCACGGGCAAGACCGUUGCUGUCAUUGGCAAUGGAGCCAGUGGCAUCCAGCUGGUGCCCGAGCUCCAGAAAACUGUGAAGCAUAUUGACCACUAUGCGCGCAACAAAACGUGGAUCGCUGCCGGUUGGGGCGGCCAGGAACGCCAGUUUGGGCCAGAAUAUAUUUCCGAGGAGCAGAUCAAGUCCUUUGAAGACCCGGCAACGUAUCUCAAUUUUCGCAAAGGUGCUGAGGACCGGUACUGGAGAGGUGCCAAUGCCAUGGAAGCUGGCACCAAGGAGAAUGCCAACUACAGAGAGAGGUUCACCGACAUCAUGAAGCGGCGGUUAGAGAAGAAGCCAGGCUUAGCGGAGAAGAUGAUACCGGAUUUCUCGCCCCAUUGCAGGAGAUUGACCCCAGGCCCGGGAUAUCUGGAGGCGCUCACGGAGGACAACCUCGAGUACAUACAGACCCCGAUUUCCAAAUUCACCUCCACCGGAAUCGAGACUGUGGACGGCAUCCAUCGCGAGGUAGAUGCCAUCUUCUGCGCAACGGGCCACAACAUCAACUUCGCUCCCCCUUUCUCCAUCCGUGCCCGUGGAGUGGACCUCAAGACAGCCUGGAAGCACGACGGGGAGAUUGGAUUCCCAAAGACGUACCUGGGAAUGGCAAGCGCCGGAUUCCCCAACCUGCUCUUCAUCGGUACCGUACACACAAACGGCAUUGCCGGCACCUUUGUGCACAGCAUCGAGAGCCAAAUCACCCACUACGCCAAGAUCCUGCGCAAGGUGUCCAGUGAGGGCAUCAAGACCAUCACGCCCUCUGAACGGGCCGUGGAUGACUUCAUAUCCUAUGCCGACGCCUACUUCCCCACGACUGUCAUGACCGGCAACUGCAGCUCCUGGGCCAACGGUGGACGGCCCGGCUCUCGGAUACAUGGCGCGUGGCCGGGGAGUGCCUCGCAUUUGGCAUUUAUUCGUCGAAACCCUCGUUGGGAGGACUAUGAGUACCAGUACAUCUCGGGCAGCGGGAACAGGUUCGCCUACUUUGGAAAUGGGCGGACUAUUAGGGAGGCAGACCCUGACUUCAACAUCACCUCCUAUUUAAAGACCAAUCCGGCCGAUACUGACCUUCGCGAUAUCCAUGAGAGUUGGCAUAGUUGGCCGUAG